AUGUCACAAACACCAUCCCGUCGCCGUCCGCUCGCAGUCGAUACACCCGGUUCGGCUCGAUCCAACACAUCCACAUCCUCCAACACCGACCGAGCGACACUCCUGGAUCGCAUUGAAGACCUUGAUCUGCAGAUUCACGAUUUGCGCCGUCAGAUUGCUGCUGAACGAGAGAAGCGUCGUUCUUCCACCCACUCUUCUACCUCUCUCCUCUCCUCUUCUUCUGCUUCGCUUUCACUCUCAUUUCUGGAUCCGGAUCAACUGCGAGAUGGAAGAGGAAUCAAGUCAGCUUUGCUCGAAAAGCUAAAGUUGAUAGAUGAUGAAGCGUUGACUUCACUCUUAACUACGUCAAGGGAGGGUUUGGUUAGGUGGAUAGCGACCAAUGGGAGCGCGAGCGCGGAGAAAGCGGAGAGUGAGGAGAGGGGGAAAGGAUGGGUGGAUUUGGGUUUGGUUCCGAGUAAAAGUGUCGGUGUUGAAGGUACCGGCAGUGGAAGUGAUAUUGAUAAGAGGUUGGCGCUGCAGCAAGGGAAUGGGAGAGGAGGUAAAAAGGGGAGGGGAGUGAGGGAAGAGUUGGGAGAGAAGAGACAUGAACAAAGUGUUCAUGACUGGUUGAAGGAUCGACAACGACGUACAACCUCACUGGUCGAUUCUUUGACUCGCUUCACGCAUCUAGAUAUCUCUAACGUCGCACAAACCGACACAGCAGCCUCGUUAGAUGGGCUCAGAGCUAGAAGAGUACAUAUCGAGGGAUCAUUUGCAAAACUCUUUCUUAUCGAUAUGAAGUUCAGCGUCUCUGAGGACUCGUCCUCCAGCACAUCUUCCCCACAGAUUCAGAAUCUAGCAAUCACCCUUCCUUCGUGGCUAAAAGAAACCCUGGACGAACCACACAAGUUGUACUCAAAACUAUUGAAACGAAACGACCUCCCCUCAAUCCUUCUUAUGCUGCGAACAAUGCUCCCCCUCCUCUCCCUCCGACGUAAUCUAUACACAUCUCUCAUGGAACAAUACACGAACUUGGUUCGAGAACACGUACGAACAUUCGAGUCUACGACCGGAACGGAUUUCAUUCCUUACCAUCCCCACAAUACCUCCUCUCGCAAACGUACCUCCACUGCUGCCGUGGAUGAAGAUUUAGCUCGAUCGCUCAUCCUCCCUUCCCUAGCCGAGCCUUUCGUACUACAGAAUGGAAAUGGAGCAAAAUUGACAAUUCAGUUUGUGAUAAGAUGGAACAGGUGGGGAUAUGCAACACCGAAUAUCACAGUCACAGCCGAGGUGCCGGGGAAAAUGCUAGAUGCAAGAAGCAGGAGCUUUCUAGAUGGAUUCGAGGAGGAAGUGCAGCAUCUACUCAAAGUUGCCAUUGCUCAGGAUGGGAUAAUUGGGUUACCGGAUAAGGACGAGGAGGAGGAGCAAGUGGAUGAGGCAGAAGAGAAGGUGAUGGGACGAUGGGGUGUUGCUCCGGCAUUGAAUGCUGUUGUUAAAGCGUUUUUCGGGUUGGAGAGUGAAGAGAGUGCAAGUGGUAGUGAGGAAUCUGCGUAA